GGAACCACAUGAGUUCAGGGAAAGAGAAACUGAAGUGUGGUUGAGCUGUUGUGCGUUUGUGUCUCUGUAUUCAAGCAGUAAAAUGGCAGGAGCCAGAGUUUUUCAGGAUGAGUUGAUGUGUUCAGUGUGUCUGGAUCUCCUGAAGGACCCAGUGACCAUCCAGUGUGGACACAGUUACUGUAAGAGCUGUAUUACAGACUGCUGGGAUCAGGAGGAUCAGAUGAGAGUCUACAGCUGCCCUCAGUGCAGACAGACCUUCAGUCCAAGACCUGCUUUAGCUAGAAACACCAUGCUGACUGAACUGGUGGAGAAACUGAAGAAGAGGAAACAUCCUGCUGACUGUGACGCUGGAGCUGGAGAUGUGCAGUGUGACGUCUGUACUGGAACAAAAUACAAAGCCGUCAAGUCCUGUCUGGUGUGUCUGGAGUCUUACUGUCAAACUCAUUUUGAGCGGCACGAGGAGUUUCGCUCAGGAAAACGACACAAAGUGACUGAUGCCACUGGACGACUGCAGAAGAUGAUCUGCCAGAAACAUGAGAAGCUCCUCGAGGUUUUCUGUCGCACUGACCAGAAAUGUAUAUGUGUGCUGUGUACGAUGGAUGAACAUAAAAACCAUGACACUGUAUCAGCUGCAUCACAGAGGACAGAGAAACAGAAGCAGCUGAAGGAGACGCAGAAGACGUUCCAGCAGAGAAUCCAGCAGAGAGAGAAAGAUCUUCAGCAGCUGAGAGAGGCUGUGGAGUCUCAUAAGCGCUCUGCACAGACAGCAGUGGAGGACAGUGAGAGGAUCUUUACUGAGCUCAUCCGCUCCAUUGAGAGAAGCCGCUCUGAGCUGAUACGGCUGAUCAGAGAUCAGGAAAAGCGAGCGGUGAGUGGAGCUGAAGGACGACUGGAGCGACUGGAGCAGGAGAUCAAUGAUCUGAGGAGGAGAGACGCUGAGCUGGAGCAGCUUUCACACACACAGGAUCACAUCCAGUUCCUGCAGAGUUUCCAGUCUCUCUCAGCACCUCCUGAAUCUACAGACGGAAAUGACGAUCCCUUCAGUUCUCUCGUCUCUUUUGAUGGUCUGAGAGAAUCUGUCCAUCAGCUGAGAGACAAACUGGAGGAUUUCUGCAAAGAGGAGCUCAAGAAGAUCUCAGACAGAGUCACAUUCACCAACAUUGUUCCCAGGACCAGGAACGACUUCCUACAAUAUUCCCAUCAGCUCACUCUGGAUCUGAACACAGUGAAUAAACGCCUCCGUCUGUCUGAGAGAAACAGAGUGAUUACAUUCACUGACACAGUCCAGACGUAUCCUGAUCAUCCAGACAGAUUUGAUUAUUGGCUUCAGGUGUUGUGUAGUGAGAGUGUGUGUGGACGCUGUUACUGGGAGAUUGAGUGGAGUGGAGAUUAUGUGCGUAUAUCAGUAUCAUAUAAGAGCAUCAGCAGGAAGGGACGGGGUAAAGAGUGUUUGUUUGGACGUAAUGAUCAGUCCUGGAGUUUGUUCUGCUCUCCUUCCAGAUACUCAUUCAUACACAAUAAGAUAGAGACUCGUCUCCCUGUGACGUCCAUCAGCAGUAGAAUAGGAGUGUUUGUGGAUCACAGUGCAGGAACUCUGUCCUUCUACAGCGUCUCUGACACAAUGAGCCUCAUCCACACAGUCCAGAUCACAUUCACUCAGCCGCUCUAUGCUGGGUUUUAUGUUACUGGAUCAGUGAAACUGUGUUGAUGAAUUAGAAUAGACUGAUGAGAGAUUCUACCCAUAAUGCUUUGAGCUGCAUGAUGAAUCAGUAACAGUGAGAUGUUAUAGAGUCUCUUCUUUUCUCUUCGUGACAUUCGGCAGAGAAUCAAAACCAGGAAACAAGACACAAGAGAACCAGGAUACAAGGCUAGGAAAUGCAGCUGUGACACAUCAAGACUCUGCAUUUAAUAUCUGAGUGAGCAGGGUUUAUACAGGCAGAGUCUGAUGAGAUGUGGGAAAUGUAGUUCAUGAAGGAGUAACAAUAGUCUGGGAUGGAGAGACAUCUAGUGGACAACCAUGGUUCAUAAUGGUCCAGUCAGACUAGAAAUCCUUGUAGAUACCAUUUCUUUCCAAGAAGGAACAGAGUUAUGAGGAUAGUGCCUUGUCUAGUAUUUUUGAAAGAAAAAGUAGAUUCAGAAUCAGUUUGUUAAAUAUUUCUCUCCCCGUUGUUCCUCGGGGGAUCGAUAGUGCUCUGAUACUGUUGCAGAUGUUGCAUGAUUAUCAUUUUCUUGCUGAUAAGAUCAGAAAUUUACAAAGUCAGAAAAAUACAAAUACUUAUGGUCUGUCUGCGUGUACAUCUAAUAUUAGUGCUGACGUGAAUAACAGUUGUACUGAAUUUAUGUUUAACAUUAGCCAGCACUUUUACAUUUGCCAAGAUGUAAAGUGCAAAUUUAGAAUGAAAAAGCUAAUGAUGUCGGAUUAAUGUGCUGGGCAAUAUUAGAUCAUAUUAUAUACUUGUUGAUGAUAUAGUUGUUGUGACGAGUCGGCUGUUAAAAUGCCGAGCGCGCCUCUCCUCAGGAGACCGGUCUAUUCCCCGUGCAUGCACGCUGGUGUCCUCGUGGGUCCAGGAAGGGUGCGUAAAGGGACGAGCGCCGCCGAUAGGAUGGACGAGCUUCCGGACCCGUGGUCCGGACGUGAGCCGCAUGGAAAUGGCUGCGGGCCAGGAUGCCGGGCCUUCUCACCCGCCUGAGGAAGUGCCGCCGCUAAGGAAUGGAUGAAGCCGCUAAAGGAAGCCGCUACCCCUCGUGCCGCGGACCCCGGCGGGGAGCAAGUGCGGCCGCCGGACUCCGCCCCUUACCUGGACCCUUCCCUUCUGAGCACUGCCCCUCCUUCACGGAUUCCCUUCACGUCGAGGACACCAGAUCCCCCAUUUAAUUUGGACACUUUUUCCCCUUUUUGGACACUUUCUGUUUAUAUUGCUUAAUAAAAACCUCUCCAAGGCCUAACGUCACGCCCACUGUGUCUGUCGCUUUGCUCCCACCCGUGACAGUUGUAUUUAGCAAUUUAAACAAAAGUGUAGAGAGCUAUAAACACACACCGUUCAGCAGCAGCGAGGCUGAAUGAUCCAGACUUCAUCUGAGGAAAGAGUCUGUGAUGAUGUUUUCUCGUGGUUGGAGAUGGAAGUGACAGAUCAACAGACUGAUGUUACAGGUGCCUCUACGACAAACUGCUUUUGUUCCUCUUUUAUAAGUCACUCUGGUUAAAAGCAUCUGGCAAAUGCAUAAAUGAUGUGUGCAUCUUAUUCCCUCAAAUUUUAUAUAUAUAUAUAUAUAUAUAUGUUUUUUUUUUCCUUUUUGUGUUGCAGUUAAUUUUUGGCUAUUGUUUGGGGGAAACAAAUUAAAUUACUUCUGGAAAGUAUGUUCAUUUACUUUAUAUGUACUCAAUACAUGGCAGGAGCUCCUUUUGCUUUAAUUACUGCCUCAAUUGGGCGUGGCAUGGAGGUGAUCAGUCUGUGGCACUGCUGAGGUGGUAUGGAAGCCCAGGUUUCUUUGACAGUGGCCUUCAGCUCAUCUUUUUUGGUCUCUUGUUUCUCAUUUUCUUCUUGACAAUACCCAAUAGAUUCUCUACGGGGUUCAGGUCUGGUGAGUUUGCUGGCCAGUCAAGCACACCAACACCAUGGUCAUUUAACCAACUUUUAGUGCUUUUGGCAGUGUGGGCAGGUGCCAAAUCCUGCUGGAAAAUGAAAUCAGCAUCUUUAAAAAGCUGGUCAGCAGAAGGAAGCAUGAAGUGCUCUAACAUUUCUUGGUAAACGGGUGCAGUGACUUUGGUUUUCAAAAAACACAGUGGACCAACACCAGCAGAUGACAUUGCACCCCAAAUCAUCACAGACUGUGGAAACUUAACACUGGACUUCAAGCAACUUGGGCUAUGAGCUUCCCCACUCUUCCUCCAGACUCUAGGACCUUGGUUUCCAAAUGAAAUACAAAACUUGCUCUCAUCUGAAAAGAGGACUUAGCACCACUGGGCAACAGUCCAUUUCUUCUUCUCCUUAGCCCAGGUAAGACGCCUCUGACGUUGUCUGUGGUUCAGGAGUGGCUUAACAAGAGGAAUACGACAACUGUAGCCAAAUUCCUUGACACGUCUGUGUGUGGUGGCUCUUGAUGCCUUGACCCCAGCCUCAGUCCAUUCCUUGUGAAGUUCACCCAAAUUCUUGAAUCGAUUUUGCUUGACAAGCCUCUCAAGGCUGCGGUUCUCUCGGUUGGUUGAGCAUCUUUUUCUUCCACACUUUUUCCUUCCACUCAACUUCCUGUUACCAUGCUUGGAUACAGCACUCUGUGAACAGCCAGCUUCUUUGGCAAUGAAUGUUUGUGGCUUACCCUCCUUGUGAAGGGUGUCAAUGAUUGUCUUCUGGACAACUGUCAGAUCAGCAGUCUUCCCCAUGAUUGUGUAGUUGUACUGAGACCAUUUUGAAGGCUCAGGAAACCUUUGCAGGUGUUUUGAGUUGAUUAGCUGAUUGGCAUGUCACCAUAUUCUAAUUUGUUGAGAUUGGUGGGUUUUUGUUAAAUGUGAGCCAAAAUCAUCACAAUUAAAAGAACCAAAGACUUAAACUACUUCGGUCUGUGUGCAUUGAAUUUAUUUAAUACACAAGUUUCACAAUUUGAGUUGAAUUACUGAAAUAAAU